AUGGCUGCACCUCCUACAUUAAAUUUAUUAGGUGAAAUUUCUUUAAUAAUAGAAUUAGCAGCUUAUACUUUAUAUUUAUUUGCUUAUAGACAAAAUGCAAUAGCUGCUCCUACGCCUGUUUCAGCAUUAGUGCAUUCUUCUACAUUAGUAACAGCUGGGGUUUAUUUAUUAAUUCGAUUUAAUAUUUUAUUUUUAAAUUCUUAUAUAAGUCGAAUUUUAUUAUUAAUUUCUGGUUUAACAAUAUUUAUAGCAGGAUUAGGGGCUAAUUUUGAAUUUGAUUUAAAAAAAAUUAUUGCUUUAUCAACUUUAAGACAAUUAGGUUUAAUAAUAAGAAUUUUAUCUAUAGGAUAUGGAAUACUAGCUUUUUUUCAUUUAUUAACACAUGCCUUAUUUAAAGCAUUAUUAUUUAUAUGCGCUGGAGUAAUUAUUCAUUGUAUAAAAAAUAUACAGGAUAUUCGAUUUAUAGGAAAUUUAAGAUUAAGAAUGCCUUUAGUUAGAAGUUGUUUUAAUAUUGCAAAUUUAGCUUUAUGUGGUAUACCUUUUUUAGCUGGAUUUUAUUCUAAAGAUUUAAUUUUGGAAAUUGUAAGUUUAUCUUAUUUAAAUUUUUUUUCUUUUUUUCUUUUUUUUUCAACUGGGUUAACUGUUUGUUAUUCAUUUCGAUUAGUUUAUUAUUUAAUGGGAGGUGAAUAUAGAGGUAUAUCUAUAAAUAUAAUAAGAAGAGAUAGAUUAAUUAUAAUUUUUGGUAUUUUUUGGUUGAUAAUAAUAACAAUUAUUGGAGGAAGUAUAUUAAAUUGGUUAGUUUUUUUUAAUCCUUCAAUAAUUUGUUUACCUUUUAUAAUAAAAAUUUUAGUUUUAUUAGUUUGUAUUAUAGGUGGUUUAAUAGGAUAUUUAAUUAGAAAUAUUUCUUUAAAUUUUUUAAAUAAAUCUUUAUAUUUUUAUAAUUUUAGAUGAUUUGU